GAUCCUGAUAGUGAUUAUGAUACUUACGAUGAUAAUACAAGUUCUAUAACCAUUGAAGAAACUAUUGCAUCUGAAGGUGCAAUAGAAGAUCUAGAACAUGAAUUCUCUGAAACGGCAUCAUUUGUAACAGAAUCAACAGACAAUGAAGGCCUAAAUUAUUUUUUAGAUAAUCGUAAAAAAGCUAAAACAUUAACUUCUUGUGUCCUUUUAUAUGUAAUUGAUGGUCAA